CACACACACACACACACACACACACACUGCAAGGCACCUGGACACACCUGAACCUUUACUUCCGGAAAAAUUCCUAAAAAAGACCAAGAACACGUUUCGCUGGGAAAACUGACCAAACCUCCGGGCUAUGUAUGAUACUGAAUUUUGGAAAGGAGAAACUCAAACGUGAUCCCUGUUCUGAGAGAUGAACUCUUGGAUGGUAUUUAAUCCCCUACUGCAAAAUAAGUCUAUACUAUUGUAAUUCAAGAUGUCUGAGGACCUUUCUUCAGACUCUGUGCCACUGGUCAAAUAUCCUCUAGUUCUGACACCACAACCCACUGCUCCUGACUGGGAAACAGAAAAGAAGAUAAAUGCAGACAUGAACAGAACAGAAGAAAAGCUCGCUGGUGCUGAAACGGAGCCAAACACACUGCCCUGGCCUGGAGACAAGGCUGAUCAACUUGGCAAGAUAGAAAAUGCAGCAUCUGAUCUCAGUCCAGAGCAGAGAGAAAUGGACCUUGUAGGAGACAAGGAGAGUGAGAGAUCAGAUAGCGGCUCUCUCCGUGGAGGAGUAAGCAGGACUGAGAGUGAGCGAGAGUUUGGUGGGCGAGAAAAGCGUGCAGCAUGUGAAGACUGCGUGGAGGGAAAGCAGCCUGAGCAAAGAGAGAAGGUUCCACAUUUGGAGAUUGAGGUGGAGGAGUUAAACAGUAUGCCAGAGAAAGCAGCUGGGGUCUUCAGUCCAAGUGUAAGCAUCCUGCGCUCCACCAGCAUGCCUGCGCCACCCAGGUGCAGGUCAGAAUUGUGGGAGGAGGAGAAUGAUGGCUUCCUUGGACAGCAAGACACACUUCCAGAUGGAUACUACCAUGAAUAUCACCAACAGAACAAGUUGCAAAUUUGUUCAUGUGCUGGGACAUACCGUGAUGUGUUGAAGAUGGGAGUGUCUAUAUUCAUGUCAGCUCUGAUCUUCCCUGUCCUGGUGUGGGGUGGUCACACUUUCUUACCCUUUGAUGCUCCUCUGCUGGACAGUGCCCCUCUAAGGCUGGUUUACACACUGCGCUGUUCGGUCUUUGCAGUCAUACCGAUUGUCCUGGGUGUGUUGGUGCUGGGUAUCUCCCGUGUGCGCUACCGAUCUCUGAAACCUCAUUGUGAUGGAGAGAUUGAAGAGGUGAACAUCCACCGGCGAUACGUUGACGACUCUGUCUCACUCUUCCUCCUGUAUUUCCUUCAGCUGGGUGUAAUGGCUGCUUAUCUGAACCAGCACCUUCUCAAACUGGUGCCUCUCCUCACCAUCGUCUUUGCCAUUGGCAGGCUUGUGUACUGGAUUGCAGCAGCAUGGGGCAGCAGUCUGAGGGGUUUUGGAUUCGGGUUCUCCUUCUUGCCUAUGCUGACCAUGUUGGUGGCCAACCUGUACUUUAUCUUCAUGGCUGAAUCUGCUGGCUCAAUCUUUGCCCAGGAUGAGAUGGAAUCACCCAACCCUCCUCAAGAGUACAGGCAGAGGUUCUGGGGCUAGAUCAAGAUCUGAUGGCCCAGAAAAAAGAAAAGCGAGUCUCUUCAUCUGUUUGAUUGUUAGUUAUCUCUUAUUUUUGCCAGCUUCAGAGAACACAGAUCAAAUGCCUGUGUAUAUGGCAAAGGUAGUACUCCAGUUUUGGAAAAAUAAGUCUUAUUUGUCUUAGAGGCAAAUUGAAACAAAUUCUGGACCUCAUGCUGUGAUUUUGCUUAGAAUGAUUGUUACAACAUUCCACAUCUGUCUUGAUGGAUUAUGUAGGGUAAAAUUGUGUACAGUUGCCUGCCUAAUUUAAGACAAUUAAUAAAAAAAAGAUUCACUAAAAUGAUGGAUUGUUCAGUGAUGCUACAGUCAUGUGAACAAUACUGCUAAUGAGUGUAAUUCCAGAGCAUUUUCGAGCAAGAAUUAAAUGCUUAAUUGCUUAUGAAUGCAACACAAGCAGAUGUGGAAAUGUUUUUUGUUGUUUUUGUUUUUUUUUUAAAUAGACUUCUAGUUUCUUUUCUCAUGCCAAAAGAACAAACUGAUUUAUUUUUUUCUUUUCUUGCCAAUUCGAGUUGAAAAAUAUAUAGAUAUAACCUUGUAGCAUGUUUGUGGAAAUUGUGUGUGCAAUAUACCUGAAGUGGGUCAUUUAUUCCUGAAAAAUGGUCCUUACUUAUUACUUAUUUCAGUACAGAUUUUUCUUUUUCCAUAAAUGUUAGUUUGGGAUGCUGGGUAUGGAUUAUCCAAAUGUGUAUGAAGAAGAAAUUUCAAGCUGGCAGACAGAGAUGGAACAAAUGUGUUAAAUUUCUUAAGGAGCAUGAAUGUUAUUUCUACAUGCUUUUGUAUUAACUCUUGUAAAUAAGAUUAUGACAAAUUAACUUUGAUUUCCUCUGAAAUCAUGUCAUUGUAUCCCUUAAACAGUGAUAACAGAAGACUAUGUAUGCGGUAGUGAUUGAGGACCACCAGGGCAGUUUCCUUCAGAACUAAUGAUUUUUUUUUUCUCCCCCCAUUUGCUUGUUUUAUUGUUGACUUCUAAGUGAAAGUUGUAUAUAAUACGAUAUCACCUAUAAAAGGUCCCUAGCUCCGUCACACUCAUUCUCUGACAACGCUGACUAUCCCGAGAGAUCCAGUGGCCCUGGCAGUCCUCCAAAUUUAGAACCACAGGUACAUGUGUAACCUUCUCUUAUUUAAUUUCUGACUGCCAGGGUGGCUUCUUUCAUGUAGGUAAUGUAUCACAGUUAUCACAAGGGUUUAUCAUACAGUCAAAUAAUGCACAAUGCCAGAUAACUAAAAUAGGGUGCAGCAUUCUGAGUUUUACCAAUAUGGUUACUGUUGGCAGAUGUAGAAAGAGUGCAUAUAGGCCAUGUGUGAAAAUUGUGUGAUAACUGAUAAUUUUGUAAUCACAAUAGCUCUUUCGUCUAUCCUCAAAAUAUUCAUGCUUGUGAAAUGUGCGUUCUACACAUGUACCAUGGCUCUUCUUGUAAUUGACUUUCAGUCCUAGAGUCCAUAAGUGAGAUGAGAUAAGUCUCUGUCUUGUCACUUGCUGUUGGGACAGUCCACACACAGCACGCAGUUUUUCAGGGGCUCUAGGCCAAACUCUCACAUAUUUUAACCAUCGCAUUGUCGCUGUGUGAUUGCAGGAGCAUUGUUGGAGUCCCCUGGUAAAUCAUGCAUCUGCUCUUAUGUUUUGUUUUGGGGUUUUUUUUGUAGUCAAGGCCUCAUGUGAUCACGUGAUUGCCUUUUACAACUUGGCAAGAAAGUGAGCAAGUAAACCUGCUCUGUUUUUGCUAUCUGUUUAGAUUUGUCAUCGUCUCUGCUGAACAAUAGAGCAAACAAGAGAAUGCACUGUUAUAGUUUACGUGAUUAUUUGUUCCAAGUAUAAUUCUGUAUUAGUUUUAAUAUAGAAAGAGAACAUAUGAUUGCAUGUAUAAAAAUCUUUUAAUCUAUAAAGUUUUAUUCUGUACUUCCUUUUUUGCACUUAUGUGCACUGAACAAAGUAAACUAGAAAUAAUAUUUCUAGCUUGGCAUAUGUUUCUAUAGAUUUUCACAAAUAAAUUUCUCCUAUUUUCCUGA